UGGAGCCUGUGGAGGUGAGUGGGUCUCUCGCUGCUAAACUUUGGAGGCCAAUAACUCGGGCGGGUUUGUUCCUAUUCCUCGCAGAGGCCUGCUGGGAACAGGACUUCGAAAAGGCAAAAUGUCUGGAAGGCUGUGGUGCAAGGCCAUUUUUGCUGGCUACAAGCGUGGUCUCCGGAACCAAAGGGAGCACACUGCUCUCCUUAAAAUUGAAGGUGUCUAUGCCCGAGGUGAUACCGAUUUCUACUUGGGCAAGAGAUGUGCUUAUGUAUACAAAGCAAAAAAUAACACAGUGACUCCUGGCGGCAAACCUAAUAAAACCAGAGUAAUCUGGGGAAAGGUAACUCGUGCUCAUGGAAACAGUGGCAUGGUCCGUGCCAAAUUCCGAAGCAACCUUCCUGCUAAGGCCAUUGGACACAGAAUCCGUGUGAUGCUGUACCCCUCCCGAAUUUAAACUAAUGGAAAUUAAAUAAAAUAAAUCUGUGCUCUUGUAUUUUUUA